GCCUGCCUGUCUGCCUGUCUGUCUGUCUGUCUGCCUGCCUUCCUGCCUGUCUGUCUGUCUGCCUGCCUUCCUGCCUGUCUGCCUGUCUGUCUGCCUGCCUGCCUGCCUGUCUGCCUGUCUGUCUGCCUGCCUUCCUGCCUGUCUGCCUGUCUGUCUGCCUGUCUGCCUGCCUGCCUGUCUGCCUGCCUAUCUGCCUGCCUGCCUGUCUGUCUGCCUGCCUUCCUGCCUGUCUGCCUGUCUGUCUGCCUGCCUUCCUGCCUGUCUGCCUGCCUUCCUGCCUGUCUGUCUGCCUGCCUGUCUGUCUGCCUGUCUGCCUGCCUUCCUGCCUGUCUGUCUGCCUGCCUGUCUGUCUGCCUGCCUGCCUUCCUGCCUGUCUGUCUGCCUGCCUUCCUGCCUGUCUGCCUGCCUGUCUGCCUGCCUGUCUGUCUGCCUGCCUUCCUGCCUGUCUGCCUGUCUGUCUGCCUGCCUUCCUGCCUGUCUGCCUGUCUGCCUGCCUUCCUGCCUGUCUGCCUGCCUGUGUCUGCCUGCAUGUCUCUGUCUGCCUUCCUGCCUGUCUGCCUGCCUGCCUGUCUGCCUGCCUGUCUGCCUGCCUGCCUGUCUGCCUGCCUGUCUGUCUGUCUGCCUGCCUUCCUGCCUGUCUGCCUUCCUGUCUGUCUGCCUGUCUGUCUGUCUGCCUUCCUGCCUGUCUGCCUGCCUUCCUGCCUGCCUGUCUGCCUUCCUGCCUGCCUGCCUUCCUGCCUGUCUGUCUGCCUUCCUGCCUGUCUGCCUUCCUGCCUGUCUGCCUUCCUGCCUGUCUGUCUGCCUGCCUGUCUGCCUGCCUGUCUGCCUGCCUUCCUGCCUGUCUGUCUGCCUUCCUGUCUGUCUGCCUGUCUGCCUGCCUGUCUGCCUUCCUGCCUGUCUGUCUGCCUGCCUGUCUGCCUGCCUGUCUGCCUGCCUUCCUGCCUGUCUGCCUGCCUUCCUGCCUGUCUGUCUGUCUGCCUUCCUGCCUGCCUGCCUUCCUGCCCGCCUGCCCGCCCGCCUGCCCGUUUGCCUCCUGGGGACCGCAUCGCCUCCUCGCCCCGCCGCCCCGAGCCUUCCUCCGCAAGCAAACCACUCGUUCACCUCUCCACCAAAGGAACACUGCCACCGCACUUAGGAACACGGCAGCAAAAUGGCAGGUGGAUGCUGAGGCGUUUAUUGGCACAGACAUGGAGGCUGCCCCGCAUCCCCAUGCUGGUUUUCCACUUCUGCCUUCCCGGCGCUCCCCAGCUCCGAGGGCAGGGCUGCAGAAGGUGCCACCACUCCUCAGAAGCACCAUGGACUGAAAGCUGCAGUGAUACAAAGUGUUUGGAGAGAACCGAUCAGAGAGACUGCCCUGAUCAAUACCUGCAGAAGUAUGCAGCAGCUACCUCUGGAACAAGCAUACUGAUUCAGGUAGAAAAAAAGAAAACAUAAAGAGAAAAGGAGAAGCAGCAAAAAAAUAUUCAGUUGGAAGAAAUAUUCAUUUGGAAAGCUGAAUCAUGCAGAAACCGACAACUUCACAACAGACUCCACAAUUGCAAUGGGUAACCUCGAGCCAUACUUCCCUUUUCUGAAGGAUUUGCCUUUCAACCUAAUUAGAGCAGGAGCUGAGCGAUCAGAUGUCCCUUGCUCCUUUUGAAAAAUGACUUGGAAAACUCCAUGUAAUCAGAAGGUAUUUAGGAUUUCCAUUGACUUUCAAUUUUCUUGGUUCAUCUGUUCCCUUUCAGAACGUUUGAUGCUAGUCUGUUCUAAACUGUAUGUUGAAUUUGCUUUAAUCAGAUGUCUUUGUAGCAGGCAUUAGGUCAUUUACUGUUUGAUUUUUUUCUGUGAAAAUACAGGUUUUCUUAGUUUCAAAAGUGUCCUUUGAAGAAACCUGUCAUAUUCCAGAUAGAGGAAAAUAAAAAAGAAAAGAAAAAAAAAAAGAGAAAGAGAAGAGGACAAGGAAGGGAAGUGGAGAGCAGUCCUGUACUUCUGUUCUUGCCCCAUAGCUGUGGUGGGGAAUUCUGGAAUUGUGCAGUUGUGCCCACCCUUUUGCACCCAAACUUCCCCCCCAAGCACCUUUCUCUGGUGAUCUGGGCUCAUGCACUGAAGCUGAUUAGCAUAAGCAAAGCUUAAUAUUCAAGUAGACAAUUAUAUACACUGAGUGCUAGCUCAAACAAAUGCUCUUUCUAGUUGUACACCUUCUGACUGAGGAGACUCCUGCAGCUUUGCUGCCCUGGAGCUCUCAAGCCCCCUUCUUCCAGUUCCAUACCUGUUCCUGUGUUUAGAGACCCAAUCUUAAUGCCACCUUACUCCCAUCCCCAAAUUUUAGCUCCUCAUCCAACCCCACCUUUCUACUGGCCAUUGCAGCCACCUGAAGCUCCAGCCUCUUGAACUGUCUCUAAAACCAAAAGUCCUGCUUCUCACAAGGAUAUUCUAAGUGACACAUUCAAUGAAAAACCACUUAACUAAGUCUCUGGUGAGGAACAGAGUCUCACACAAGUCAGUGAGUACAGUUUGGCUCAGGUAAGCUGAAUUUCUAUUCAGAAUGGCAAGUCUGUCUCCAAUGCCUGCAGAAAAAGCCCAGGGUAAAUAUGCUCCUUAGUUCAUAGGCUAGCAAGCCUCAAUGAGGUGACUGAAGUCAAGUGUCUAUUUAUUUACCUUUAAAGUUUCUCUUGAAAGAGUAUGUUAAACUAGAAAAGUUUGCUGCUAUACUUGGCAGGGAGAACCUCUAUGGAAAGUCUCUGUCAAAUAAAACUAUAGUUCCCUCUAAAAGACGUAUGUCUGCUCUUGAGAGGGAGCUCUCCCUUAUAUUUAAAAUUCAAAAAUAGUAGUAGGUGCUGAACACCAUCAGAAAACAAGCCAUAAACCAUCUUGAAAAUCUAUUUUAAUUGUUCUAAUACAUAUUUCUAAGAUUAAUAUCUCCUUACUUGGAUUGUGAAGCAGUAGGAGCUGUGGUACUGUUUGGGACAUGGAAAGAAUAAAUUGUGUAAUGCCAACAGAAAAGGUGCUGAGGUAGCUGGUAAUUGACGGAGUUAAUGAAGUAUGUUAAGCAGGUACAAUAUAGAUGAACUUGUCCCCUGCAGGGUGAUUGGCCACUGGGGAAAUAAUGUGGCAGUUGUCUUUGUGUUAAAAUAAUGUGGUACUCCUUCUUUGCCAGAUCCUAUCUGCAAUGAGAGAUGAAAGAGGUCUUGCAAGGAUACCCAGGUCCUCCUAUAGCACAUGCUGUGCUUGAAUCUGGCAAGCAAAGAACAAGAUAAAGAGGGGGUAAGGAGUGUAAUGGCUGUCUGUAAAGCCAUUAGGCUAUUUCCUACAAGCCACACAUGAAUUAUCCACUAUUGAACAGUAAUAAUUUGACACUGUUUUCUAUAAUCCUCCCUCAUACACUACAAUGCACUGGUGUUGUCUGGGGAUGAAUGGGAACUGAAUUUGGCCUGCCAAUUUUUCUGGAAGUUGAUUAUUUUUAGAUAUUGUUUUAAUAAUUAGCUAACUAGCUCCCAAAGAGUACAAUGGAUUUAGACAGCAAAAGAUAGUUUUGAGAGUAAUAUAGAUUUUGUAUUAUUAUCUCCUCCUAUUGUAUGUGAAUAUUAGCAUUGAAACAGCAGGGAAAAUAUCAAAUGGAAACAGAGCUUAGCCUUUUAAUUAUACUAAGCUGUGUGGUCAGCAUUGGUUCCAAAAGAGGCGUGUAGAGCAUAGAGUAAUGAAAAAUCAUUGAUAGCAUCAGUUUGGUGUCUCAGUAAUCUACUGUGCUAUUCCGGCAUUGUUCUUACUAAAACUAUCUCAGAAGAUGAGCUAGCCUUCCUUGGCCAUCAGAUCUCAAAAUACCUGAAGCUUUCUUGAUUUCCUUAGGUGCUGACAGCACACUCUCUCAUGGUCACAUGAAAAUUAUACAGUAUUUUAUUUCUUGAAGUUGUAGCUGUUGAUAUUUUCAUAGUUGAUAUUUAUCUGCUUAUAGUGCAAGUGAGUUAGAUGUUAUUGGACCUUUGAGUUUUUUAGUGUGGUUUUAUUCUCGUCAACAUAUUCUAAAUCCAGGAGUCCUUCUCAGGGUUCCUAAAGAGAGCAAUAUUUGGAGAGAGAAGUGAUUCUUAGCAAACCUCUGACUGAGAACUUAACAUAAGAAAAUAUUUCUAAGCAUCACAUGGCAAACUAUUUUCUAAUUUCCAAAAUACAGUAAAGAAAGGUUAAAUGCAAGCACUUGUUCAAUGUAGGAGUUAGGUUUACAAUAAUCAUAAUCUCUUUCCCUGACCUUUCUUAUCGGUCUAAGAUUUAUAUAGCCAUUUGUUAGUAUGUUAUGCGGAACAACAACCUGGCCAUUAGAAUAUUUUCAACAGCUUCCUAGUAUGAGAAUUUGAAAAGAACUUCCUGAAAAUUUAUCACAGGCCACAGUUUAAAAUAUUUUUGUGCCCAAAGAAUCUCAGGUGAUGCCAUUAAGACAGCAUAAAAUACCACAAAAUAUCAGGAGAGAAAACCGGAUAGCAAUUAUCUAAAGCAUUUUCCUGGUAUCCAGAUCUGCCUUUUGGGAGUGCUAACUCAAUAAAUAAUCACUAUACAUAAACAAAGUAUGGGCUAUAACUCUCAAAAAACACAGAAUUGUCUUCAAGGUGUUUUGCUUUGUUUGACAAAAUACUCUUUGGGGAUGUACUAAUGGACAAAGUUAAAGAUCCAAAGAAGGGAAACUUGAUCCAUUUGAAAGAGAAUAGAAGGCUGAAGCAAACAAAUGAAAAAAUAUGCUGGUACUCCCUCAAAAAGUGCUGACUUCCUGCUGUAGGUCACCUCAUCAGCCCACCUUGUACCACAAAGCAGGAUAAUUAAAAAGUGCUGAUUCUCUGUGCUAGCAAGAUCUUUCUCUUUUCAACCCUUGUUUAGGACUAAACAACUAGACAGAAUACAUUCAUUAUGUGUGGGGUAGAGAGUUUGUAUCUUACAGACUGCCUUAAAAAUGAGAGAUACCACAAAACCUCACAAAAUCAGAUCAGCCAAAGCCCUCUUAAUAAAUAAGUAAUAAUUAACAAAGUCUGGAACUUAUAUUUUCUAUCUGAAGGCUUUUUACAUAUAUCCAUCUGCACAAUACCACUGUAAUUAACAUCAACUGACACAUGCAAACUGUAUGUGUCUGAAUGAGAUACUCAGAUGCUCAGCCUGACAGUAUCCUAUGGAAUGCAAUGCAUAAAAUUAUCAAGUAUAAUGACCAUUCUACAAACACUUGCCAAAAAAUCUCUCCCUCCCUUUCAUCUCCUCACUAAAUAUACUACAUUUUCUAAAUCUCUGUGCAAGUAUUUGAAGGGCAGCAAGUCUGAGCCGGUUGUGAGGGAUUAAUUGAAUUUACAAGGGGAUUGCACUGUGUGCAACAUCUCAAUUAACUUACUUGUUAAAUAGGUAAUGGCACUUGACUGUUAAGUUGUGAAAGAACUUGUUAAAUGGAUAUUGCUACUUAUUUAAAGGAUAUGGUCUAUGGUCUGGCUGAAUAAUUAGGACUGCAAAGUGUGUAGGAACCUAAACAGGCAGGCAAGGCUAGAUGACAAAACGAGCCCUGUCUCCUCAUUCAGAUACUUUCAUCUAUUUCACAGUAGUUGAAUGAGACAUUUUUUCUCAGAUUUGAAGCACUCUUGACCAAAGAUAUGCAGAGAAGGAAUGAAACACAUACAGAUGAAAAUUUUCAACUGUGAUGUCCUAUGAAAUCUGUGGAAAUUUGCUUUUGGUUUGAGAUUUGUUUGUUUAGUUUUGGGGUUUGGCUUUUGGGGUGAGUUUUUUGUAGGUUUGUUUUUGUUUUCUUUCUCCAGUUAAUAACUUUUCAGAUCUCUGUUGAACAAAGCAAGAGUAGAGAUAUCAAAUAUGUUUCUUGAAAAAUCAACAGCUUCAUGCUCCUCCUAAAAGGUAGUUUUUUUAUUUGUGCUUUCAUUCCAAAAGUUUCCCUUACAUCAGUAGCUUCCUUAACAACAGAGAUAACUGAUCUUGAAAGGGUUUUACUCUGAAAUGUCAAUGUUGUUUACUUCCUCUGCUCUUCAUUUCAGCAUUUUGGCCUGAGUUUUCAGAUCUUGGUCUGUGGGAAUCAUAAAUCAUGGGGAAUAGAUACAUAGAAAAUGAAACAGUGUGGUCCAUCUACUUCGUUUUCAAGAAACUUUGAGUCUAUAGCUCCCCUGUUGUCAGCACCAAGUUUUUGUGCAAUCAAUUCUUUUAUUUUUAAAGGAAGCUAGGGGGAAAAAAAAAUACUACUCCAUGAUCUGUUUUCCCCAAAGCUUGAAGAGUAUGUUUUGAUCUGGAGUUCUGCUUAGGAAUAUGUCUGACUUUAAUUAAAGCAAACUGUUACAGAAUAUACAGGCUGCAAGUUUCAGUUUGAUUCUCCCUUGGUACAGACCAUCUUAUAAAUACAGUGGCAUCUCUCUGAGAGUGAGACAGACUCUCUAACCUCUUGUAGAAUGCAUAAAAUCCUGCACAUAUGUCAUGUGGCUGCCACCUUACCUCCUCGUGGGACAGAAAAUCCUGGCAGCCACUUCAGAACUUCAAAGAAUGUGGGGGUUUUAUGAAGGUUUAUCAAAUAAAAACAAAGCUUUACAUUGUUUAAAGUAUCAUCCAAGAUUCUUCUUAAAGGAUAAGUCCUAUCCUUAGUACUUAGCUUAUGCUUCUCAGCUGGAUACAGAGAAACUAAAUGGAAGAAAAGGAAGUAUUUUCCCUGUAGAUUCUAAGAAAGAAAAUACUUCGGUUUAAGAAAUUACAUUACUUUUAUGGCUUCAACUUACUCACUUCACAUGAAAAGAUCAGGGAAGAGUUUGUUAUUGGGACAGUUGCAAAAUUUUCUGCAUCUGGAACUGAAAAAUAUCUUUGCAGAAAAUGGAGGCUGCUUUUUGAAAGUCCAUUUUCAACAGGUGAUAAUUUGAGUAGCAGGAGCUUGGCAUCCCCCAGCACGAUUCUGUAAACAGGGAUGGCCCAUGACACUGCUUCUCUGAAGCCCACAAAGCUGCACCUGAGACCAGGAGCUCCCAUAGAUAGAUUGCAGAACUGAUGGUUAUAGUUUGGCUGCUAUUUUUGCAAGGGUCUGACAUACUUGCCUGCGUGGGUUAUGGUCAUCUUUUACAUUUCUGCAUGUGCAAUCAACACAAGUGGAAGAAGAAAAUUUCACUCUCAAAUGGAAACAGAGGCAAGCAUUGAAAACACAGUGCAUUUCAAUAAGCUGUAAUUACAAAUACAAAUUCAUCAACUAAACUUGGGCAUGCAAUUAGUAGACUAAUUAUGCUGUAAUUGUAACUGAAUACCAAAACAGAUGACCGUGUGCCAGCCUCCAUCCCACACAGUUGUCUUUGUGUCAUCGCUCCUACGCACAGUAGUGUCUAUGCUCAUGUGUAUCUCCUGCUGAAAAUAGGAAUCCAGCAGAUGGGUAAAUGCUAUCAGUUUCUCACUUAAGUCACCAAUUCUUCCAAUUCUAUAUUUACAAUCAGCUUGCUUUCAUAUUAACUGUGACUGAGACCCUGUUGGGAUGUGUUGUCUCAGCAGAAAAUCAGAGAUGGUCCCCAGCCCAAAAGCUUGGAGUCAAAGAAGACACACUUUGGAGAAGUGCUGCUGUCCUUGGUCUGUACAUCUAUGAAUAGAUAAAAGGUGUGCUUAUCUCCAUGGGUAUCGAGGUGUCUAAUUCUCUCUUGUGUCGACAAAUUUUAAAUAUCAGCCACUAAUGACAGAUUUCACCAAACUUGAGCUACUUGGUUGAAAUGGCCACAUUGCUUGUGCACUCCGAGAAUAAUCGAGGUGCUGAGUCACCUGCACCAGGUGUCAGCACGUGGAGCAUGGCUGAGCAGAGAGAAGUCUGGCUUACUGUGCUGGUAUCAGCUGGAAAAGUCCAGGUCUAAAUUGGUCCUCUAAGGGCUUCACCCAAGAUCAGACAAAUAGCUUGCAGCAAAGAGAAGGAAUCAAGCCUGAGCCUUUUCUUUCUUCACUUACAGCAAAUUAACUCCUUGUUUUAUAUAGCUUUGUGUAAGAGUGCCUGAAAUUUUCUGAAUGAAGUGAUGCCAUGAGCAGCAUCUGAAUGUCAGUACUUUUGAUUACUGUUAGUAUGCAUAAGUUUCAAUAAAACUAAUUUAGCUAAGAAUGAAAAUACCUUUUAUACAAGAUCUCACAGGUUUUGGCAAUGUAUUGAUUUAAUGUACUUAGUUCAGUGAAAAAACUGUUGGUUUAAGCUAUCUGCCGUUAGUUUCAAUUAAAAUAUAUUGAUCUGGGUAAAUGUUGGUUAGUAAGCUUUGCCUGACUGUGAAAAAAUAUUUGCUUAAGCAAAAAUUGUAUGAGUAUUUAGACAUAUAUUUUAGAUUGGGGACUCUCCUAGCAUCAGUAGAACUGUUCAAGUAUCAAUAAAUUUCUCUAAAUAUAAAUGAAAAUAUUUUUUCUGAAAUUAAAAAAGCUGAUUACAGUAAUAUUUGGACUAGUAUGCAGAUUAAUUCAAGUAAAGUUUGUUUUGAAAGAGUAAGCAUUCAGUCAGGAAUACUGUAACAUGAAAACACUGAAAACUCAAGCUCUCUGUGAGGAAAGCAAUCUUUCACAUGGAAAGCCAGGCUUUCUUCUUUAACCACAAAGCCAAAUAACCACAAACCAAUAAUAAAAAAAUUUUGGUAGCCAUAGGUAAUAGGAAAACAUGGGUGCAAGCUAGGGAAUGCAGCUGUUUUAAAGUAUUGUAUG